AUCAUGCACAACAUCUUUGAAACAAAUAAAUAAAAUUAUUGAGCAACUUUCACCUCAAGCUGCUGACAGCAAAGAUAUAAACAGAAAACUAGAUUCUGUAAAACGGCAAAAAUAUAACAAGGAGCAACAGCUAAAGAAGAUCAAAGCGAAGCAAAAGCGUCUCCAAGCAAUUAUUGGUGGAACAGAGGCUCUUGAUAAAGUACAUGAGAUAGAAUUUGAGGAUGAUGAAGAACCUGGUCCAUCAUGUCUUGGCAGUAUGCUUAUGCCUGUUCAGGAAACAGAGUGGGAAGAGCUUGUUCGUACAGGCCAGAUGACUCCAUUUGGAACUAAAAUACCUCAGAAGCCAGAGAGGAAGACACAACGAUUAAUGCUCAAUGAGGCAUCUGAUUUUGAGAAGUACUUAGCAGACCAAGCUAAGCUGUCAUCUGAAAGAAAGAAGUUAUCUCUUCGCAAAGGAGCAAAGAAGAAAGCGCAAGCCAAAAAUGUUCAGUGCGUAGCUCCUGCAUCUACAACAAAAGAAAAAAAGGGUAAAGCCCUGUCAAAAACGGAUAAGCGCUUAAAAAAAAACAUGAGAAAACUUCGGAAGCAUGCCCUUCAGAUUCAGUCAAAGGCAACAAUUCCAAAAGAAAAGAAGUAUUUUGAGACUAAGAAGAGCAGGCAUGGACAGGAGGAUGAUAGUGAAGAGUCUGAGUAUGUACCUGACGAAGAGCUCUUUGAUCCAGAAGCAGUGGAAGAGGAAGAGCAGGCAUCUUGUCAUGCUGAGAAUGAUUCUGAUUAUGAACUCAGGAAGUUGUCGAGAAAAAGAAAAUAUGUGGUGAAGAGAGAUCUUAAAGAAGCUGAAGAGGAUGCUGACUUCUUUCCAAGCUCUGAGGAAGAAGAGCAGAUGCUGGGGAAGCGCAAAGUAAAGAGAUGGAGAGAUGAUGGAGAUGAAGACUAUUAUAAACAGAGAGUAAGGAGGUGGCAAAAAGAACGUCUGAAGGACAAACAACACCAAACAGCUGAGGAACUUUCUGAAGAAAGUGACACUGAAUUUGAAGAGGGUUUCAAAGUACCAGGAUUUCUCUUCAAAAAGCUUUUUAAGUACCAGCAGACAGGUGUUAGGUGGCUCUGGGAAUUGCACUGCCAGCAGGCAGGAGGAAUUCUGGGAGAUGAGAUGGGAUUGGGCAAGACCAUCCAGAUAAUUGCCUUCUUGGCAGGUCUGAGCUACAGCAAGAUCAGGACUCGUGGUUCAAAUUACAGGUACCAGGGAUUGGGUCCAACAGUGAUUGUUUGUCCAGCUACUGUGAUGCAUCAGUGGGUAAAAGAAUUCCACACUUGGUGGCCUCCAUUUAGAGUUGCCAUUCUCCAUGAAACAGGUUCUUACACCGACAAAAAGGUGAGACUGAUUCGUGAAAUUGCUUCAUGCCAUGGAAUUUUAAUUACAUCUUAUUCCUACAUUCGACUGAUGCAGGAUAACAUCCACAGCUAUGACUGGCAUUAUGUGAUUCUGGAUGAGGGUCACAAAAUCCGAAAUCCAAAUGCUGCAGUCACACUUGCAUGCAAGCAGUUCCGCACACCUCAUCGAAUCAUCUUGUCUGGCUCCCCUAUGCAAAACAACCUAAAGGAGCUCUGGUCCCUCUUUGACUUUGUGUUCCCAGGGAAAUUAGGAACCCUACCUGUGUUCAUGGAGCAAUUUUCUGUUCCUAUUACCAUGGGAGGAUAUUCCAAUGCCUCUCCUGUGCAGGUGAAAACUGCAUACAAAUGUGCCUGUGUGUUACGGGACACCAUAAACCCCUACUUGCUGCGAAGAAUGAAAGCUGAUGUAAAAAUGAGCCUUUCACUUCCAGAUAAAAAUGAACAGGUCCUCUUUUGCCGUUUGACAGAUGAGCAGCGUCAAGUCUAUCAAAAUUUCAUCAACUCGAAAGAAGUUUACCAGAUUCUCAAUGGAGACAUGCAGAUUUUCUCAGGACUAGUAGCUUUGAGAAAGAUUUGCAACCACCCUGACCUCUUCUCCGGUGGUCCCAGCAUUUUGAACAGUGUCCCAGAUGCUGAAGUGGAAGAAGCAGAUCAGUUUGGAUAUUGGAAACGUUCUGGAAAAAUGAUAGUGGUAGAAUCCUUGCUGAAAAUAUGGCACAAGCAAGGUCACAGAGUGUUGUUUUUCACUCAGUCAAGGCAGGUGCUGCAGAUUCUUGAAGUCUUUGUGAGAAACAGAAACUAUUCCUACCUCAGGAUGGAUGGUACCACAACAAUAGCUUCCAGGCAGCCCCUUAUUACAAGAUAUAAUGAGGACAAGUCUAUAUUUAUUUUUCUUCUAACCACUCGUGUUGGUGGCAUUGGAGUUAACUUGACCGGUGCUGACCGAGUUAUUAUUUAUGAUCCUGACUGGAAUCCCAGUACAGACACACAGGCUCGUGAGCGUGCUUGGAGAAUAGGCCAAAAGAAACAGGUGACUGUGUACAGGCUUCUCACUGCAGGUACAAUCGAAGAGAAGAUAUACCACAG